UGGUGCAGCAAGUUCAGCUAGAGAGAACAGACCAGCGAUAAUAUAAACUUGUGAUGUUGCAUUAGUGUGUCACACUGGGCGUAUAUGUUUUUGUAUACGUAUAAAUACACCGUUGCACUUUGUACCUUUUUUUCUUUCGCGUAAUAUUCAUACGAUAAUAGAUAUUCAGCUUAACGCUUUACCUUGCCUGAUAAACGCUUGUCAUGGCAAUAAAUAUUAUCAAGAAUAGAUUGUCGGGAUCAAUUGGAAAACAUUUACAAGCUGCCACCGCGCUGAGAUACUCAACAGAGAUGUCGACGUACAAAACAUUAGCGGUAUCCACUCCUAAACCGUUUGUUUACAUGGUCAAGUUGAACAGACCGGAGAAACUGAAUGCAAUAAAUCCGACUAUGUGGAGAGAAUUCAAGGAAUGUUUCGAUGGAUUAUCGACGAAUCCAGAUUGUAGGGUAGUCAUCCUGUCGGGCGCUGGCAGAGUGUUUUGCGCGGGAAUUGAUCUACAGGGGAUGUUGGAAUUAGGUCAGAGCGUAGCGGAACACGAGGAUAUCGCGCGCAAAUGCAAAGUACUAGAGCACAAAAUUAAGGAUUAUCAAGAUUCGUUUACCGCUUUAGAAAAGUGCUCGAAACCUGUGAUAGCCGCUGUGCACGGUGCAUGCAUUGGCGCAGGCGUGGACAUGAUAUCCGCGGCUGAUAUACGCUACGCUUCUUCUAAUGCGUAUUUCCAAAUAAAGGAGGUCGAUAUAGGCAUGGCGGCCGACGUAGGCACGCUUCAGAGAUUUCCAAAAGUUGUGGGAUCCGACAGCUUGGCGAGAGAGCUUGUCUACACGGCACGAAAGUAUCCGGCUACCGAAGCACUGGAAAGUGGAUUUAUAAGCCGCAUGUUGGACAAUGAAGAGAGCUUGUUAAACAAAUCAAUAGAAGUUGCUGAAGAUAUCGCAAGUAAGAGUCCAGUUGGGGUGCAAGGUUCAAAAAUGAGCUUGGUGUACUCCAGAGACCAUUCCGUCCAGGAAGGAUUAGAUCAUAUUGUGAUGCAGAAUAAGGCAAUGCUUCAGAGUGAAGAUUUUUUGAACGCAACUAUGGCGCAAGCUGCUAGAGGUGAUCCUCCAAUAUUCUCCAAGUUAUAAAUUGUUUAAUUCUUUUGAUAUUCCUAAUAUUCUUGCUAUUCCCAACAUCAUACAGGUGUUACUUAUAGGCAUUAUGUAUAUCAAUAUUAUAUUUUUAUCAAUGUUAGAUACAAAUAUGGAUAAAAUGUAUUUUUUGGAAAUGUGU